AUAAGCGCUUGGCGGGAGGGGAGAUGGUCUUUUAUGUCUGUUUCUUUCGCUGCGGCGGCGGCGGCGGCGGCGGCGGCAGCGAGAGUGGCUCAGGUUGAUUUAGAAUACGGAUGACAGUAGCCUGGCGCGAGCCCACGGCUGACGAAAGCUGCUUAUCCCGCUCGGUUUCCAUGGAGACGAGCAGGAGCAGCCGCGGCGGCGGCGGCGGCGGCGGCGGCGGCGGCGGCGGCGGCGGCGAGGCUGUCAGCGAGCGCGGCGGCGGCGGCGGCGAUCGCGCGUCCGCGGGGGUCUGCAGGAGGAAGGAGGAGGCCGGGGCCGGGACCCUCGCGGCAGACAUGGACUUGCAUUGUGAUUGUGCUGCGGAAACGCCGGCCGCCGAGCAGCCGUCGGGGAAGAUUAAUAAAGCUGCUUUCAAAUUAUUCAAGAAAAGGAAAUCGGGUGGCACCAUGCCCAGCAUUUUUGGGGUCAAAAACAAAGGGGAUGGGAAAGGCUCGGGUCCGACGGGCAUGGUGAGGAGCCGGACCCACGACGGCUUAGCCGAGGUGGUGGUGCUGGAGAGCAGCAAGAAGGAGGAGCCGCGCGGCGGGGGCGACAGCGGGGGCGGCGGCGGGGGUGGCCGCGGCGGCGGCCGGCCCAACCCGGGUCCCCCCAGGGCGGCCGGGCCGGGCGUGGGCUCCCUGGCCAACAGCUCGGUGGCGAAGUCGCACAGCUUCUUCUCCCUGCUGAAGAAGAACGGGCGAGCGGAGAACGGCAAGGGCGAGCCGGCGGACGCGAGCAAGGCUGGCGGCAAACAAAAGAGAGGGCUGAAGGGGCUCUUCAGCAGCAUGCGCUGGCACAAGAAGGACAAGCGGGCCAAGGCGGAGGCGAAGGGCGAGCGCGCGGGGGCCCCGGGCGGCCUCAUCCUGCCGGGCUCGCUCACCGCCAGCCUGGAGUGCGUCAAGGAGGAGACGCCCGGACCCGCCGGCGAGCCGGAGAAGCCCAGCAGCGACGCGCCGCGAGACCCAGCAGGUGAGCUCGGAGGGGGAGAGCCGGAGCCGGCCUCCGCCGAUCGCGCCCACGUGCCGGACCGCCGAGAGGCCCACAGCCCCGGGGUCCCUAAGGCCGACAGCGCCCGGGGAGAGGACGCCGCGGGGCAUCGGCGCGCCGAGAAGCCCCGGGCAGCCCCCGAGCUGGGCGCUGGGGAGGUGCAGACGGCCGAGGAUGCCUCCAGGACAGGUGACGUUCCGGUAAAGACCGUCCCCCUUGUCGACUCGGAAUGCGGCAGCGGCCGCGCGGCGGCCGUCCCUGACCCUUCCGCUGUUGAUCCACCCUCAGACCCAUCGGCUGAUCGUAUUUGUUUGAUGUUUUCUGACGUGACUUCACUGAAAAGCUUUGACUCUCUUACAGGCUGUGGAGAUAUUAUUGCAGACCAAGAGGACGAGGCAGGUCCCAGCUGUGACAAGCAUGCCCCCGGGCCAGGCAAGCCAGUUCUCUCUAAAAAGAACCCCGGCGUGGUGGCCUACCAAGGAGGAGGGGAGGAGAUGGCGAGCCCGGAGGAGCUGGACGACACCUAUCUGCAGGAGUUCUGGGACAUGCUCUCCCAGACUGAGGACCAAGGACCAGGGCCCCAAGAGGGAGCGGCCAAGGCGGCAGCAGCCCUGGAAACCAAGGUGGUGGCCGAGACGUCCCAAGACGCCAGGUGUGCGGAAGGGGUCAAGGACGUGUCCUUGGGCAAGCACAGGAGGCUCAACCGGAUUCCCAUCGAGCUCCAUCCCAAGGAGGAGCCUAAACCGCCCGAGAAGGAGCAGCAGGAAGGCAUCCCCAAUAGUGACGAGGGCUACUGGGACUCCACCACUCCGGGGCCGGAGGAAGACGGCACCGGCGGCGGCAAAAAGGCGGGCAUCCCCCGGGAUAGCUACAGCGGGGACGCGCUCUACGAUCUCUACGCGGAUCCGGAUGGAAGCCCGGCCGCAGUUCCCGCCAACGAGGAGACGUCCUGCUUGUCGCGGUUAAAGCCCGUGUCUCCAGUCACCAUCACCUGUCCACUGCGAACACCAGGCAGUUUGCUGAAGGACUCUAAAAUCCCUAUCAGCAUCAAGCACCUCGCGAACCUUCCAUCCAGCCAUCCCGUAGUGCACCAGCAACCAGUCAGGAGUGAGAUGCCCAGAACAAAAAUCCCAGUUUCCAAAGUGCUGGUCCGCAGGGUCAGCAACCGGGGUUUGGCCGGGACCACCCUCCGGGCAGCGGCGUGCCAUGACAGUGCCAAAAAGUUGUGAGGUCUCCGAAGCCGAGGUGAUGGACCCCAUGUCAAGGAAUACAACUUUCCCUGGAAACCACUCAAAUAAGUUUUGUUUCUCCUAAAGAAAGGCUUUUAGGACCAUCCCUGCUCCAGAGCCUAGACCGAGGAGGUGUCUGGGCCGCUAGCAGGGGCAGGAUACACCAGAGAGGGGGAGCUACACGUGGGAUUCUCCUCUUCAGAUAAGUUCCCUGAGAAUUAUUUUCAAGCACUUUUAAUUUUUUACCUUUAAAAAAAAAUCACUUGUUUGUUGUUUUGUUUUUUUUUUUUUUUCCUUUGAUGCGCUGAACACUUGGAAGUCACCUUUACUUGCCUUUGCAGAAAACAACCUAAGUAAGCAUCCUGCCAUGACACUCGGCUGUGCCAGGGUCCAGAGAGGGCCUAGAGAAACCACUGCCAACACCAGAGGAGCCCCUCCUCUUCCAUGACACUUUCCAUCCUUCCUUUCUUCUUUUCCUUUUUCUUUACAGGGGGAAAAAAGAGAGAGAGAAAGAGAGAGAGAAAGAAAAGAAAAAGACCCUUUGCUGUAUCACUGUGUGGAAAACACCUGCAAAGCUGAAAGAGCCAGGUAUUUACCUGAUGAGCAGAGGCGAUCAUUGAUUGGCCCAAAACUUGCCUCCUUUUGGUUGCUGGGUAUGCAUUAUAGGUCAGUAUCUACCACCAGGACAAUAAAGGAGCAUUUCGGUUUGGUUGGUUUAGAUCAUGUGUUUGGGGAGAAAGAAGAAGCUCAGCAGAGCUAGUUUUUUCUUUUUCUUUUUCUUUCCCACCCGGUGAAGAAAUGAGGAUCAGGGAAAGAUUUCACUAAAAUGCCAAUAGACACAGUAUUUUAGUGUUUAUAAACUGUAACCUUUUCAUGUGUAGAUAAUGCAUAUUUUACAGUUUAUCCAGCUGUUAACAUUUUAUAAUCUGCCAGUAACCUCAAAUUUAAAAUCUGGUUUUAUAACAAGUUAUGAUAACUGUCCCUGAACCACUGCUGUUCUUUUAUGUACUGUAGCCUAAAGCAAUUCUGUUUUUGUUUUAUAUGGGUUCUCUGGCUCUCAAUGCAGGAAAAAACAAAAAACAGUCUAUUGUGUUGAUGUCCCAGAGGAAUAGGUUCUGUCUUGUCUUGGGUAAGAGACUAUUUGCUUCUCACCCCCAAUCCUGGUUUUCAGAGUUUUUUACCUUGGUUAUACAAAUUUUGGAUUCGACCAUUCUACAACAUGGGGAGUCCCAAAUGAGGAACGUGUUUUAAAAACCCAGUAGAAAAAUACAGUUUUUCAUGUUAUUUGACUUUUGCUUUAUAGAUUCAUGACUGAGACAGGUAUGUUCAGAAUAGGAUGCUGGCAAGCCUAUGUAUCAUAAACAAACUAUGUCAAGAUUUAUUUUUGAAAAGUGGUUUCCUUAUAUGUAUAUUUUCUAUUAUUUUAGAUGAGACAUUUAUUUCAGAACGGGUUACCAUAUGCCUGGAUAGUUUGAGUGAUUAACUGAAGCAGUUCCUAGAAUGCUAUUAGCAUCUAAUGAUUAUAUAAUAUCCUCUUUGAAAUGCAGUUCAGUGUGUUUAAUCAAAAGACUGCAGCUUCUACUAGGAGUUGAUUCAUGAUAUGAGGAAGAUUAGACAUUUUCAAGCAAAACUACAUGUAUACGAAUGGCACAAACAUUUCUAUAUAACUCCCAUUUUCCAGAGAGAUUGCCUAAGUAAUGAGCUAAUAUUAUGUGCUUUCUAAGCUUGUUUUCUAUUUUUUAAAGGAAGGAAAGAGGCAAGUUAAGUAUAUGGAAACCUAUUUUAAUAGUACAAAGGGAACAAAAUAGACCUCAAAGGGAAACAAAUUUGAGCCAGUAGCAUAAAGCAAAUCGUUCCCCAUUUUAAAUUUGCAAUGAUUCAAUUAGAAGAGGUGGUAGAGAUUUGUUGAAUUUCUUUAGUAGUCAGAUUACUGGCUUUUAUUGCAUUGUGUCAGAUCCUUAAUGUUAAAGUACUGAUUUAAUAUUUAAUUUCCUAUAUAGAUGAGGUCCUAUAAUCAGGCAUAGCCUUAGGCACUCUGAACCCACCACCAGGAAUUCAUAAAGCCACUCACACUCACACGUGCUUAUGCACUCAACUGUGCACAAACUAACAGACAAAGGCAUGUACUGUACACUUGGAAAUAUUCUACAGAUUAUUUGUCUUGAGAAAGGGAUUUAAAUUUAAUUUCAUGCUGAUAGUACUAUUUAGACUCCACAUGCAUUCAUCUUCCCCCAGUGAAUGUACAGAAUAUAAAUUUUUAUUUCUGGCCAUAAAACAAAGAGUAUUUAUUUUCUUCUUGUGCAUUUGCUUGUGAGGGUUAUCUUCUCCUCUGUGUGAAUCCGUGACAGAGUUUUAUUUAUUCAUUUGUUCGAUUGUACAGAAAAGUUAAAAGUACCUGAAGUACAGAUGAGAAUAUUCUAACAGUAAAUGCAAUCUAUCAGUAAAUCUAUUUUGUUAGGACUGGGACAAAGUGUUUUUUGCUUUCACAGUUUUGGGGGCUCAUUCCUGCCAUUUUACCACUAUGCUGUGUCUUCUUUUUACAAGUAAAGGGAAAUGUCAGCAAAGCUCCCUUUCAUUUCCCCCGCCUGUCAAUUAACCAGUUAUACAAGAUGUAAAAUAUUUUCUCUUUUCAUUAUUUUUUCCAUAUGUUUUCCACUUUUUAAGAAACUCUCUGUCUUUAAGAAUUCCACCCACACCAGGCAAAUGAAGGAUGCAGGCAAUUAAUUAAACGGCCUCGGUAGCUAGCUGGGAAAUCAGGAUCCAUGCAGAAAGCCUGCGUCUUAACCUUUUCCACCCACAGACAAGGGUUCACAGUUGCUUUUUUUGUGCCAAGGGCUACUUUCUCCCAUUCAUAUUCCUGGAGAUUGCUUCCACCCACCCCAGCAUUUUAAUAGACGUAUAUUCCAAUUAUUAUUAAUACAUUUCCUAAUUCGGCCAUAUUUGCUGAUUUUUUUUUGUAAUGGGAAGGAUUAAAUAUGAGCUGAUGACACCUUUGCUGUGUGUGUAUGAUUCUGAGAUGCUAGUUCAUUAGGUCUCUUUUGUCAGAGAGCUGGACAAAUUAGAGGGGGAAAAAGUCAAAUCAAUUGUUGACCAUGAAUUUAUCAGUGAGUUUAAUAGCUUUGCACAAAGACAGCCUGACUUUAAUAACUACAUUACACAGACAAUGUUCCUUGAACUACUCUGACAUCAGUACUAAAGGCAGUUGGAUGCUUUUACAUUAGCACCGGCUGGAAGAAAUUUUACUAUAGUAUUGUCAACAAUGGCAAGAGGAAAAAGAUUUUUAUUAUUUCACCUAAUAACAACAAUGAAAAAUAGGACAGUAAGGGCUUCCUUUAGAUAUGUUUUCCACAAAUUAUCCGCCUACUUAAAUACAAAGUGUUUAACAUCUAUGAGAGUGAUGACUUACUGGGUUUAAAGUGUUUCUUCCUUAAUUUCAAAAGUAGUUUUGAAGUAUUUGCAUUUAAACGAAUGUUCAAAUAACCCUUUGCUUACACAGUUACCGAGGUAAAAGGACUAUAUUAGGUAUCGAGAUUUCUUCAUCAUCUUUCUGUGUUUUCAUUAUUUACAUCUUUGUCAGAUUAGUUUUCAGAGCCUUUUUACCAUUAACUUUGUAUGAAGAGAUCAAUUAAAGUAGAUUUCUCUCCUCUCCCUUCGUACCCACCAUGUUUGAUGUUUGCUUGGUGCCCUCAGAUAGCCGUAAGGGGACACUUCUUAGGAUGGUGGCGUCUUUUGACACUUGCAUAGUGGAAUACAUUUCCUGAUUGUAGUCAUUCCAGAUUUCUCUCCUGAAUGAUGACAAUCUGGCCUUGGUCCCCGUGCUGGGUUUCUACGAAGGCUUGUUACAAUAUCUUCACAGAUACUUUGCUCCCCUUAUCAUUCUUAAGAAAUUAAUUCAAGAAUUUUAGUCUCUUAAACCUAGAGAGAACGCAUCAUAAUUGCCUCUUAUCACCACUGGGAAUGACCGGU